ACCGUAUUUAAACGGUUGAGGUUGAUUGUAAAGGACACCCCCACUCAUCGUAUUGAAAACAUUGCCUGUGCAUCGUAUCGUUUUGUACACACGCAUGAGUCGCGGUGAUACCGACGGUGAAAUCUAUACGGCUUACGUCUUGUUAACUUUCCUUUCAAUUGACGCUAGCCUGCUAUUUGCUAGAUACACUAAUUAAUGAAUGUAUUAGCGAAGGAAUUUGUAGCGACUUUGUGCUCAUCUGUUUUGAGAGAGACCGAUUGGGUCCCCGAUAGGGUCGCAUCCGUGUCACCUUUGUCAUGAUAUACACUGGUGGAGACAGCUGCCUGAUGUCGUUAGCUACAGUCAACGAUUUUCUACCAAUGAAAUAAUGCGCAGCUAAUAGCGAGGAUAUGGUCAGGUGAAACAAUAUUGGUACAAACUUUCAGAAAACAUUACUUUUUAAACUGUUUGGUGUUUGACCGUUGUGCUGUCAUUUUUUCUUUAUGAAUAUAUUAUAGUAAGCUAGGCCAAGAAGUCUCGGCAGCGAUAAGAAUGAAGCGGGUGACAUAUAUAAAAUAUGUAAUACUAUUGGCGAUUAUAGAAGGAUGCAUGGGGUCGAAAAGUGCCGAGAAGCUGUACUACGAUCUGAUGCGCGGGUACGACGAACUGAUCCGACCCGUAGAAAAUGUCACCGAGCCAGUGAUUGUUAAGUUUGGUGUCUCAAUUUCUCAACUUAUUGAUGUGGAUGAAAAAAAUCAAAUAUUGGUAACAAGUGUAUGGGUAAAGCAGGAGUGGCAUGACUUCAAAUUAACAUGGGACCCAGAAGAAUACGACGGCCUAGAAUCAAUUAGAAUUCCUAUUGAACAACUAUGGAGGCCAGACUUCGUUUUAUAUAACAACGCCGAUGGGGAUUACGAUAUGCAGUUCAUGACAAAUGCCAUCGUCGGUUAUAAGGGCGACGUCUUCUGGAUGCCUCCCGCCAUCUUUAAAACGUCAUGCUUGAUAGAAAUCGAAUUCUUUCCAUUUGACGAACAGUUGUGCAAAAUGAAAUUCGGAUCGUGGACGCACGACUCUAAGUAUAUAGACAUGGCUAAGUUAUCAGGUUCCGUCGAUCUUGAGGACUAUUGGCCGAACGGCGAGUGGGCCAUUAUGGAGGCUCCGAUUAACAGGCAUAAUCUUUCGUACCCAUGUUGCCCGAAUGAGUUCUACAUUGACAUUACCGUUGAGUUCGUUAUUCAUAGGAAACCGUUGUUCUAUGUUGUGACACUAGUGAUCCCGUGUCUGCUUAUCUCCUUUCUCACCAUACUCGUGUUCUAUCUUCCAUCGGACGCGCAAGAGAAGAUCACCUUGUCUAUCUCAAUUCUCCUGGCGUUGAUUGUGUUUCUGUUGCUUAUCCCGAGCAUUAUUCCACCGACGUCUAACAACCUGCCAUUGAUCGGUCGCUACAUGCUCUUCACCAUGGGACUGGUAACAGCGUCUAUAUUUGUCACAGUCGUCGUCAUUAAUAUCCACUUCCGAUCUGCGACAACCCACGAGAUGCCGCAGUGGAUCCGCAAGGUUUUCUUGCAGACUCUCCCGACGAUCUUGUGUAUGUCCAGGCCGGGAGGAGUUCAGCUAUGUGACGGAUGCAAAACGCCUCGUGCCAAACGAACUUCACUGAACGGCGUUCCAUUUCAUCCGAUCUGGGUUGGUCCUGACAUGAAACUAUCUACUAAGUACAUGAUGAACACUAUUACACCGUCACUGUUGGAAGAGAUCCAACAGAGAGACAAUGGUGGUGAAUGCAGUAAUAAAAAUGAACUACCGACUGAAUGCCGGGAAGCUGUUGAUUCCAUAGAAUACAUAGCAUCGCAUUUAAAACUAUACGAUGAGAAUAAUUUGAUAAGUGAAGACUGGAAAUACGUUGCAAUGGUAAUCGACCGCAUUUUCCUGUGGGUUUUUGCAGUUUUAUGCACAAGUGGUACCCUGGGGAUCAUUUUAAAUUCCCCGAUGUUAUGGGAACCCGAGGGAAAACACAAUACAACAAUACCUGUACCUCCUGAAAUAUUACACUCUGUGACGUAUUCAGAACCCUGAGUGUGUGACAUAAUAAUGUCUCGGAUGUUGCUGCUACGAAGGGCUGCUGAAAUCAAGGAUAUCCUCAAUGAAAAUGAAAGCAUUUGUGAAUCGAUGGAAGACUUUAAAUGAAGAGGGCAAUCGUCAGAUAAAGCCUGGUUUCCAUACAAAAUCCCUACACGCUAUCGCCCACUCCUUUGGCGACGCUGAUUGGUCAGUUGAAUCAGCGUUCCCGAUUGCGUCGUCGGGGACAGCUACGCAGUGCAAGGGUUGCAGUAAAAGAGCUGUAGCGAUUGUAUGGAAACGAAGCUUAACCGGUAUGGUUCAAGAGGAACGACAAUAAUGAACGUAACGUAGCCAAGCACGAUUGUCCGCGCUUGACUGAUUACAAACAAUUCUCAAUCGAUUAUUAAUGACUUUUCAGAAGAGUUGGAUAUCAUGAUAAUAUUUCAUUUAGGCCUACAUACCUUUUUUUUUAGGUUUUAGCUGAUCAAUUGCAGUAAUUUAACAACACAACUCACAAACGACACUCGCGCACAUUACGGAGCUUUCUAUUUGCGCGACGGCGUUACUUACGAAUUGAUUGAUCCCUUACCGUUCUUCGUUAUCUGUACAAUAAUUGUAGAUUCGGGUACUGUAUAAUUAUGAACAAUAACAAAAUCUAGCAAUUAACAGCCGUUAGAAAGAGCAAUUAUUACUAAGGCCAUAUUUGUUUUAUGAUUUUGUAAACUGGAAAACCUAGAGUGGCCUUAAGGUACAGCAUAUUUAGUUGCAUGAUUAACAUUUUUAUAAUGUUAGAUAUUUUGAAAAUAUGUAUAUUAUUAUAGGCCUACUCAAGAAAGUCUUUCACGCACAUGUUUACUUGUUCACAUUGUCGCGAAAGCAAAUUAUGUCAUCUAUGCUAAUCUUUAUAUUGUUUUCCGAAUUGAGCUAGCAAGCUUGUGAAACCAUUCGAAGACAUAUUAACAAAUUCAACAUUGAAAGUGGAGACGAUUAUCAGGCAACAUCGUAUAUAUGAGUAAUUUGUCGCGUUAUGACUAUACAGUACCCAAUUAUGGCGAAGAAGAAUAAUCAGAAAUAUCAAAUAAUUUCUUAAUGUAGACAUAAACACGCUAGAACGAAUGUAUGUCUAUAUAUCACGCACAAAAUGCUUCAGAUUUUCAGUAGAUCAGUCUUUAGAUAAAUUUGUCUUUGCUAAUGCGUGUCUGCCUGAUAUUUAUGUGUGUGUUCGGGGUGGGUUUGUGGGUGGGUGGGUGGUUGAUUUGUAAAUUAUAUACUGUAUGCCUUUAGGUUUGUGUAUAAAACGGGAUCUGAUCCACCACAGCAACGUACCGUAUAUUAUCAAUUUCGCCACUUUUAGUGAAAUGUACGAUAGCGUGGACUGUAUACCUUCGGAUAACCUCUAUACAAGUAGAAUAUUGCAUUGCGUUAUUCGAAUUUUUGUUUUA